AUGGCAAAGUUGGCACUGUGUCUAGCCGCCAUCGUUUUCGUAAUACUUUCGCAGGACGUGAUGCCGAGCGAGUCUACGUUUGCGCAACCACGGGCGCCGAAUUUCCAGUAUUUCGAAAGACCACAGUAUCGCUAUCCCUAUUACGACGAGAAUGGUAAAGGUCGCCUUCUCUAUGGCUACGGAGGACCGCAGCUAUAUCAGUACAAGACCUACAGCGCACUCGAGGGCAUACAUUAGAUCUGUUAUACAUACUGCAAUGACUGACAACUCUGCGCAGACUCAUUAUCUCGUACGACACAUUUUUUUUUCGAAAGAGAACGCGUUAUAAUGUUCACGAGCUCAGCCGAUAGUUUAUAAGUAUGUCCUACUUUCGCUUAAUCACACUUAGAGAGUCAUCGGAUUGAUAAAUAGAAAUACUUGACGUUACGACUAGUAGUGACUUUUUGUUUGUUUGUAUGCAUGUGUUUGUUUGUUUUUUAAAUAUAUAUUAUCUUAAACGUGUUAUCAAG